UCCCACAAAACCCUGGCCUCAUCUCUCUCUCUCUCUCUCUCUCUCUCCAACACAAAUAUUUAGAGACCUAACAUUGUCAAGUUAGGCACAUACUUGAUCAGUUUAAGGUUCAGUCGAGUUGUAUAGAUUUCUUAUCGGAUUUUUUAACCCUUAUUGGGUGUUCUGGGGAAAAACUAGAUCAUAGCGAUGACGAUGAGCAACAACAUUGGGCACUUUGGGGAUACGACACUAACAAAGGUGUUUGUCGGAGGGCUAGCAUGGGAGACUCCGAUGGAGGCCAUGAGAGAGCACUUUGAUAAGUACGGUGAGAUAUUGGAGGCUGUGAUCAUCUCCGAUAAGGUCACCGGCAGAUCCAAGGGCUACGGAUUCGUGACAUUCAAGGAGGCUGAAGCAGCUAAGAAGGCUUGCGAGGACGCCACGCCCAUCAUCAGCGGACGCCGAGCUAACUGCAACCUGGCUUCGCUUGGAGCUCGGCGCCCAAGGUCGACUUCCACCACCCCUCCUCCUCAAGGAUACAACGGUGGAGCAACGCCUGCACCAGCAAAUUAUCAGGUUCAGUGGUAUUACCCGGCGGGGACACCGCCGUCGCCCUUUCAACAUCAUCAUCAUCAUCGACCGGCCGUUCCUUUCUAUGGGUACUCUCCCAGCUAUAUUGCUACAGAUAUCAGUUACAAUCAUAAGUUGAGCUACGCCGGCGGGAACUAUAUCAUGAAUGGGCGUUUUCCCGGCCAUGUGUAUCCUGCUCAACCUAUUGUGGGUGGCAACGCAUUGAUGCCUAUGUACCCAUUUUACAACUACCACCAAUCACAAACAAUGGGCCUACCCAAUGCCCAUAUCUUCAGUGCAUCAGCGGCGGGCCCCAUGAACUGUGCUGUCCCGGCCAUCAUGUCUAAACCGGCAGCAAUUGGUCCUAACGUGACAGUUUGCUUGGCUGUGGAAUAGGUACAGUUGGCGAAGGUGAGAGCUUUAAAAAGGUUGUCUAAGAGACAAUUAUGUGUAUGUAGUUGGCCUGCAAUAACAAAGGGAUCGAAUUAAGGUGGUGGCUGCUGAUAAGAACAACAGUAUACGAUCGAUCUGAUCUGUUGUGGCUGUUCUUCUUUUCAAUCUUUCGUUUUAAUUUUUAAAAUUUUUGUUAUUCUUAUAAUUAGGUGCUUGAUAAGAUUCUUUCACUCAAUUUCUAUCUAACAACUCAGAUUGAGCUGUAAACCAUUAAAAAAAUAUAACCAAAGUCCAUGCGUAUCCGUAAUUGCCCAUAUAAUCUUGUACAUGGGUUUUUCAUCA